AAAAAUAUAAUAAACCCUUUUUUUUUAAAAGGAAGCAACAUAAAAUGACGGCUCAAAAUGUCAUGAUGGACAACCUUGUCGAGUCGAUAAAAGCAACAUUAACCGAAGCCAACAUGUUGGGUUUUGCAUCCUACACCGAACAAACCCUCGCAUUCUUUCACGCCGUAGACUGGACACAACCUUGGAUUAUCAGCGUUAUUGUAUUCCAUCUCUUGUGUUUCCUGAUUUCAAUCAAACUCAGAAACAAUCAUGACGCUCUGCCUAUUUAUUUCAUGAUCCUAAUGGGUAUGGCAGCACUGACACAACCCUUAAAUUCAUUGGCCAUUCAACAUUGGUCACUUUUCUCCACAGAAUCCUAUUUUGACACUUCCGGUCUGUUUAUUGUUUCCGUUUAUGCUUUCCCCUUGAUCUUUAACUGUAGUCUGACAUUGGCUUUUAUCUUGAGAGCAGUCGUAUCCACAUUAAUUAAAGCAAAACGAGCUCAACUCAAGAGUAGAGCAAGAAAUAGCUCCAAAAACAAAAAACAAGAGUAGUGGAAAUUCAUUUGUUAGAACAAUAAAAAAAAAAGUAGGAAGAGGGUUGGGAGGGGAGGGGGACACAUUUGACGUAAUUGGGUUUAUUUUUUACCAUUCACCCCCUCCUACUAUGCGUCCAUGUGAGAGCUACAUACAUAAAUAAUUAUCCAAACCUCUUUUCUUUUAAAAAAAAAUAAUAA